CUGUGAAUUUUGAAUCAGUAGCAAGUUUUUGAUGGUGAUAAUCACAUCGACCAGAUAGACAUCUCUCUCUCUCUCUCCCUCUCUGAGUCUCUCUCUCUGUCUCUGUGUGUGUCUCUCUCUCCAGACCUGGGACUGAGCCUCAAUGAAUUAGGAGCUAUGGCUGAUGGGCUCAGGGGGAAGAGAAGGAAACAACCCAACCCCCAGAGAAAUGACGUCGCUGACAUCAGAAAGGCGGAGGAGGUAGGCUCUGACACACACGAUGACGACAAAAUGUCCCAGACCGAGGGGGACGAGAUGAGGAGGGAGUUCAACCCAGUCAAGGCAUCAGAACACUUCUCUGUCAAUUGCUGGAGUCCGGAGAGGGAGGACAAGGGUGAAAGAAUGACAGAAACAGCUCCAUGCCCAAACGAUGAAGGAAGGAGAAACGAUGAAGGAAGAAGAGAGAACACUGAAGACAGGAGCCCAAUCAGCGAGAUGGACUAUGACAAGCACAACGGGGAGUUCAUCACCUACCCUGAAGCCACUCUAACCAGGGGCUUCAGCCCACUCUCCGCAGACCAGCAGCAGAACGCAGUCACCCCGGAGAAACGCGACGCCUUUGCCCAGCUCCUGACGUGCCAUUACUGUGAGCGAGGGUACAAGCGGCUGACCUCGCUGAAGGAGCACAUCAGCAAUCGGCACGAGAGGACUGAGGGCAACUUCUCCUGUACCCUGUGCGGCUACACCUUCGCCUACCGCGGCCAGCUGGACAGGCACAUGGCACUUCACAACUGUGCUCUGGAUCAGGGUCAAGUGCUGGGUGACAGUGCUGGGAUCCGCAAAUUCAAGUGCACCGAGUGUGGUAAAGCCUUUAAGUACAAGCACCACCUCAAAGAGCACCUACGAAUUCACAGCGGCGAGAAACCUUAUGAAUGUCCAAACUGCAGGAAGCGAUUUUCCCAUUCCGGGUCUUACAGCUCCCACGUAAGCAACAAGAAAUGCGUCAGUUUCCCUUCCACAAACAGCAAGAAGCCCAGCGCCGUUAAGCCAGUCUCGUCCACGCUGAUAUCCAGUUCGACCGCCUUAUCCACGACGCCAUCCAGCCCGAGUGAGGACAGAAUGGAUCCGCUCAGGAGUAAAGGCGAGCCAUCAGAUUGCAAAGACCUCAAGCGGUUGGAUGGAUCACUCAAGUUUGGUGGCUGUAGAACACCCAUCAACGGGAGCUCUGAUCCUGGGAACCUACAGUCUAUUAACCAUGCACUCCAAAGCCAAUUCCAGUAUUCGGGCAAGAUGGAUCCUUCCACGACGACCAGCAGCACUGCACAAAACAUCCUUAGGCUGAUGGACAGCAUUCUCAUACGUAGGAAGAUGGAGGAGAAACACGAGGCACUGGCAAGCGUCAGAGGUUGGAACGGAAGCGGCUCUGGAUUCAGGACUUUAAUGAACGAAGGGCAAGAGAGUCCGAGUCCGCCUUUCCAAACUCCAUUUUUAGGCUUUCCGUUUGUGAAUCCCAACGGCGGAGCGAAAUCCGUCCUGAACUGCACGCUGGAGAGAUACAAGAAUGAUAUUAUGGAUGGCUUGGACCUGGGUCAAGAGGCGAACAAGGGUCUGAGCUUGAUCACCCGGGUGAUUCUGCCUUUCUCCGGCCCGGACGAUUGCUGCGAUGAACGGCGCCAAUGUGACCGCUGCUGGCAGCGGUUCACCCAACCCAUCGAGCUCUACCAGCACCAGAAAUACUCGUGUCGACCAGCUCAGGGCUACAGCGGGGUCAAGCAAGACUCCGCACUGCUCUUCCCAGCCGGGGAGAAUAACAUACCCACUUCCAGGUCGUACCGCCUGCCUUUCGGUGACUACUACGGCAAUGUCAAGGAAAUCGCCAGAGGUGAAAAGGCACCAUUUCACACUCUCACCCCCAAUAACUCCUCCCAGGACUUUCUGAAAAAAAUAAUCGAGAAGAGGCACUUUGAUCCCAACGAAAUCCCUGUGUCGGAGGAAGUCUGUGAAAAACUAUUGAUUUUACAAAGCACUACUCAGGGAUCUUCAGAUUCCCCCGUCCAAUGUCCAAGGCUCCCUUCGAAGGCUAGGGUAACGUUGUUGACCAAGGAACCAAAUCGUUAUGACUCUCUGCUCAGGUCGAGAAGCUGUGGGGUUUCAUCUUCCGACAGCACGAGAGAACAAGACCUGGAGAUGAUCACUUCGCCAUUGAAUCUGACUUCUUCAAAGGCUUCCUUGAGGAUCUCCUCAACUCCAGACAGCGUCUCGUCUGAAGAAACUCAGGUGGAGCCAUUGGACCUGUCAUUACCCAAACACAAGCGAGACCUCAAGGACAGAUUCCCUGCAAAAGGCCAGGCCAGUGAGUUGGGGAACAGUAUUUCAGACCAAAUGGAGAAUGAAAAUGCAUUGCAAUCUGCCUUCUUAAAGAUUUCCUCAACAGGUUAUGCUACAGUCAACACCUCAGAUAAAGAUACCAAAGAGGUAUUCGGUUUCCAUGGUUUGAAUGCCAAAUCCUUGUACACCAUGAUCCCACUUGCAAGUACGUUCCCGCCCAGUGCCUUUCUUUCCUCCUUCCCUGGUUUCCAGCACCAUCCUCUGAAUGGCAUGAGCUUCCCUCUGCAUCGUCCCUAUAUAUCGGACAAUGACCUUCAACCGAAGAAGAGCGACCAGCAGGAACAAUUCAUUCUGGGAGAGCUCCUCAGAGCGACUGCGCCUCACAACAACUUGCUGGCGAUGGCCGAAGAGACAGAUUUCGAAUCCGAGCCGAGCAGAAAGCGACUUCGGAAGACAGAGAGCGGGAUGUAUCCUUGCGAAUUGUGCGACAAGACAUUCCAUAAGAGCAGCUCGCUCCUGAGACACAAGUACGAACACACAGGCAAACGGCCCCAUCAGUGCGAGGUCUGCAAUAAAGCCUUCAAGCACAAGCACCACCUCAUUGAGCAUCAGCGGCUCCACUCAGGAGAGAAGCCCUAUCAGUGUGACAAGUGUGGAAAGCGCUUCUCCCAUUCGGGCUCCUAUUCCCAGCACAUGAACCACCGCUACUCCUACUGCAGAAAGGACGAGGAGGAAGCAGGAUCAGGGCAGCCUACAGUGGGCGCCAUAGGAUGGGGAGAUGUCCUUGCCAAUGAGGCGCAGGGCAAAGAGGGUCCUGAGAUCAGGGAGGCUGAGAGAGGAGAUGGGGAGGAGCAUGCGAAGGGGGCGCCACAGGACACUGAAGACGAAGAAGAGAGUGGCUCCAGCCAGGCCCCGAGAGAUAAGGAGAGCACGUCAGUGGAGGGGAGCUCAGUGGGCGAUGAAAGCUCAUAGGCAGAGAGUGAGAAACAGAACCAUUCUGUUGACACUAACAAAACUUUUGACUGUUCCUGAUUCAAAGAACGACGUGCCACUGGGUGAGGGAAAUGGUCUCUCACAUUCUCUCCCUCUCUCUCUAGAUGGCCACUGGCUAUUUCCAAGACCUAUCUCUCCAUGAAUAGUCAGUAAAUGGGUCACCUAAAGCUGAGAGAUGCGCUCAGGGUCCCUCAAGAACAAGCCUGGCUGGUAGAGAGUUAGCCCUUUCAGUCUUAAGUGUGAGACAGAGAGAGAGAGAGAGAUGGAGAGAAAUCAUUUUCAUUUUAUGUUGCAGGUGUUCUGGGGAGGGGCUCAAGGCAAGCAAUUCCCACAGAGGAAUGACUAACACCAAAUGAUGAGUCUCGUCAUCAAAUUCUGGUACCGUUUGGGUUUUUGCACAAAAUAAAGGGUUGAGUUGACAUUCUCUGCCCAGGGCACGGAAUAGACUCCCUUAGUCACACACAUGCAUUUAUAGGUUAAAGCUGCCCAGCCUGUGUGUUCAAGGCUCAGUCGGACAGUCAUCAAUCUCAGGGUGGAUUACAAAUGGGCACAGAGGGAGGGAGGGAGGGAGGGAAAAGCAACAAAGAAUAGCAAAAGACGCUCAUUAAAUUUGACCACUCCAACCCCAGUCCAGCCUCAACAGAAAACAGGGGCAAGGGGCUGUCAGAAAAGAGCAAUUCAAGGGUGACGUCAACGGGGAGCGGUAAUCAAGUCACGUAAACAGUAUUAUUAGCUGGUUAACAGGACUGAAUUUUUCUUUGCCAGAAAAGUAUUUUGCUACAACAGUGCAAUUUUAGAAAAGAAAAAAAGAAAGUUUAUUCUACAUGGGUUUUUGUAAUUUUGAAAGGACUAAGAAUGAGCGCCCCCCGUUUUCAGGGGUGAUGUUAUUAGUGAUCUUAUGAUGCUUUUAUCGGUGUCUAAAAGGCGAGAUCUUCAGCAGUGGUCUUGAAGUGUUUGCAAAGCUCAAGUCCUCCCGGGAACUCUGCUCUGACCCACUUGGAAAAAAGAAUGGAACGGAUUCCGAGCUCAAGUGGUUUGUGUGUGAGUGUGUGUGUGUGUGUGUGUGUCUCACAAACGCAGAAUGCAGUAGCAUUCAAUCUUUGCAAAUUCUGCACAGAAGCAGAACCAGCCUCCAACUCUGCGAGAACAUCUCAAAGCACUUCGCAGGAUUCACUGUAAAGUGUAGUAACUGUGUGCUUUGCAGGCGAACACCUCAAGUGUAUUAGAUCUCGGUGGAUCCCAGUCCCCACCCCAGUCAGUGUACUGAGACUUCUGUGCUCGAGCGGGAGAUUCUAGGUAAGGAACUUCACAGGGAUAAUUUUCUCAUGAAAGUAUUACUAUAUAUAUAUGUGUGUGUAUAUAUAUAUAUAUAUAAACACUCUAGAAAAACCUGAAAUUCCAUGUACCUAGAAGCCCAUUUUAUCUUAAAAUUUAAGAUGGGGCAGAACUGCACAACCUUCUUAAAUUAACACCUAAUUUGGAAGCUAAUUUGGUUUUAAAAAGGACCGGCUUCCAACUGAAGAGCUUUUGCACAAUUCUGCACAAGGUUAAAGUUUAAAGCGGAAUAGUCUUAGACUCAGCUGCAUGUCAGGACUGACAUUCUAAUAUUUCUAUCCCCCCCCGCCUAAGUUACAACAACAACUUACAUUGCCUUUCA